GAAACAGGGCGGAGCGCGCUACUCGAGGGCGGCGCUUGGGCGGGGAGGCUGGGCCUCGGCGAGCUGAGGGGAAAUGCGGCGCGGCGGGAGGCCGGCAUGAGGAUUUUCAGGCGAUUAAACAGCUUGCCUGCUAGCCUCCUGAAAGUGAAAUAUUUUGGAACAACUACCUCAAAUACAUCAUUUCCAGCAGUCUGGACGUUUUGCGGUCAGUCUCUUAAUAAGCUGCCUGGACAUCUUGCAGUAGCUCAUAGAAAUAGUUUGUGCACUAUGCCAGAGGUACCUGAGCAGAAAUUUGACCUUGACCUGCACUCGCCGCAUCCAAGGGUCCGUGGAAUGACCACCCUUGACAGAGCUGCUUUCAAAAGGGAUGUUGUCAUCCCAGCUCUGAAGGUUAACAAAGACCUCCUGAACAAGCUGGAGAAGCCUCUCAAACGAGUGCUGUUGAAGCGCCCAGGUCUCAAAAGAGUUAUUGAAGACCCAGAAGAUGAAAGCAGAAAGUUUCUUUUAUUAGAUCCUCAUGCCAUAUCCGACAGCUGUUCCCUGGGCGAAUCUGAGCAACAGAUCCUGAAGAGCUUUAACAUUAGCCCUGAGAUUGUCAAGUAUAACCAGGAACUGACAUACGACCAUUUCAAGGUGGACGAAAUUCUGCAGGCAGUGCUUCCUGAAGGUCAGGAAGUGACCACUGCAUUCAGCAGAGUUGGCCACAUCAUUCACUUGAAUCUGAGGGACCAUCAGCUGCCCUACAAACACAUAAUUGGUCAAGUUAUCCUUGACAAGAAUCCAGGAAUCACCUGCGCUGUAAAUAAAACCAAUACCAUAGAUAAUGCUUAUCGGAAUUUUCAAAUGGAGGUAUUAGCUGGAGAGGAGGCCAAUAUGAUCACAAAGGUUAAGGAGCACCAUAUCAUGUACGAAUUUGAUUUCUCCAAAGUCUACUGGAACCCCCGCCUCUGCACAGAACACAUGCGCAUCGUCGGCCUCCUCAAGCCAGGCGACCUUCUCUUCGAUGUCUUCGCCGGGGUGGGGCCUUUUGCGAUUCCUGCAGCGAAGAAGGGCUGCUUUGUGUUUGCAAACGACCUCAACCCUGACUCGUACAAGUGGCUGCAGCACAACUGUAAGCUAAACAAAGUGGACAGAAAAGUCAAAGUCUUCAACAUGGAUGGCAGGCAGUUCCUGGAGGAGCCGGUGAAGGAAGAACUGACCAGACAGCUUUCUUUGAAGGAGCGGAACAGCUGCCUGCACAUCGUCAUGAACUUGCCAGCCAUGGCAGUUGAAUUCUUGGAUGUCUUCAGGCACCUCUUGGAUGGAGAGCCGGGCAGCACCAGUCUUCCUACCGUGCAUUGCUACUGCUUUUCCAAGCACGAGAACCCUGCGCAAGAUGUUCAGGAGAGAGUUGAAGCCUGCUUGGGAAUCUCCUUAGAAGGCCUUUGCUCUGUGGAGCUGGUGAGGAACGUGGCGCCCAAUAAGGACAUGAUGUGCAUCAGCUUCAGCCUCCCAACGAAGGUGUUGUACAAGCCGUUGUCUUCCCUGAAAGGUGCAGAUAAUCCCCAGGAACCAGCAUCUAAACGCCUGCGUCCAAAUGAAGAGCCCCCUGAAGAAAAAAAUAACCUGAUGGUCUAGGAGACUUUGUGGGUACCAUUCCAGAAAUGAUGUCUAUGCAGAACUUUUAACUCCCAUGACAGCCUCUGAAAAAGGGUAUUAACAGCUGCUGUGCUGAUUAUGCCCUGAUUAUCUUUGUUUCUUUUUAAUUCCGUAACAGUUGAAUGGGGUACUUUUUUAAAAAAAGAAA